AACUGUCCCUGUUGUGUUCACUGACCACCUGUGUCCUGAACUGUGCCUGCUGUGUGCACCGACCACCCGUGUUCUGAACUGUCCCCAGUGUGUGCACCGACCACCCGUGUCUUGAACUGUCUCGGUUGUGCGCACAGACCACCGGGGUUAUGCACUGCCCUACUACACACCUAGACUACCCUUACUUGAACCACCCCAUGGCGUGUCCGGAGUAUAGCUACCUGUGGUGCCCCUGAGUGCUUGAGCCAUCGCUACCCGUUGAGUCCCCGUGAACCCAAUGUUCCUAGAAAGCUGGGUGGGAGCUGUGCUGAGGCCAGACUCCACAGCUAGAGUCCCGUUGAGUCCCCAAGACCCCUGCCCAGGGGCAGAUUGCCGCCUGUUGCCGAGGCCCCUGCCCAGUGGUAGGUUGCCACCUGUUGCUCGAGACCCCUGCCCAGGGGUAGAUUGCCGCCUGUUGCCCGAGGCCCCUGCCCAGAGGGAGCUCGGCUGAGGCCCCAAGCCUAGGAGGAGAUUGCCUGCCUGUCGCCGAAGA